ACCCCACGCCGCCCGUCGAGCGCGGCCUCGACACGGUGCUGGCAUCGCCAGCCCGCGGCGACGAGCUGUCGGUGCCGCAGCAGCUGCAGCUCGCGCUGCGCAUCGCGGCGGCCGUGCUCAAGUUCAACUCGACGUCGUGGCUGGGCGAGUGCUGGGGCCUGCAGGAUCUGUAUUUUUUCGAGCAGCACACGCGUGCAGACGCGGGGAAGGAGGACGAGGAGGACGAGGAGGACGAGGAGGGUGACCUGCUGACGGCCCUCCGCACGCUGCACCUCGGCGUCGAGUGGGCGGCCACCAGCCGGCCGCCCACGCUCCGGGCGGCGGCGGGCGGCGUGCUGAUGGACGUCGACUCGGCGGCUCCUGCACCAGGGCCCGGUCCCGGCAACGACGGCGUGGCGGCCGCGCUGGACGAGGCCAAGCUGGUGCACGGGAUUGCCAACGUGACCAUGUACAACCUCGGAGUGGCGCUGCUGGCCAUCGGGCGGUGGGCGGCCGUCGACGCGGGCGACGUGCUUAGCGUGCGGCGCAUGGCGCGCCUGCCGUCGCCGCUGGGCCCGCGCUACCACGACUUGACGCAGCGCGCGCUGGACUGUGAUUUUGGCUUCGGCAAGGACCUCGCCCGCCCCAAGCUGCAGGAGGCCGUCUACGAUGGUGUGUUGCUCGAGCUGCAGAGCAUGAUCUCGGCGCUAAGCUUUGAUGAUUGAUUCAAGGGGCUGGCGCUGGUUUGUUUUCAGUUGGAAAAGAAGUCUAGGGAUAGGUUCAGCUGGGUCUUACCCGUAUAGAUAUGUAUGUCGUUCCUUAAAAUGCAUUAGUUCAGGGAUAUGGCAUUCCAAGUAUUGAGGGAGAGAUAAUCAAGCCCGACUUGCCAUUGUCUUGGUUACGGCUAAUAUCCGUGCUUUCCGUGCUUUCACC